AUGUUAAAUAAUGAUCUAAUCUUACGUAUACAAACCAUCUAUUCUAAUCAACCUCAUUCUAAUGAAUUCAUUCAAUCCUCUUAUCUCUUAUUGAAUGAUAUAAUUCAUUAUUAUAAUGUCAAUUACUUUUCAUUAUAUACAAUUAGUAUCUUGGGAAGAUUUCUAUCUUACAUCAUACGAACUAUUGGAACUAUAGAUGAUAUAAAUAUGAAAUGUAUUGACACAUUACAUUACUUAGUUACUAACCAAUUGAUCUCUAUCAAACUCAAAACUACAUUAAUUCAUUUAUUAGAAUUGGACCUAGCAACUAAUUUAUUAAAUAAACAAUCAAAUAUUAAUCAAUAUACAUGGAAUUGUCUAUGUGAUUAUAUCAUAGAUUGUAAUAAUAUUGCACCUAUUAUACGUAUUUUAAUUUAUAUUUGUCUAAAGACAAUCAUAAUGAAUCCAAUUGAAUACAAACAAUAUUUAAUAAAAUUAAAACAUUUUAUCACCAUGACAACAAAAUAUCAAUUAGAUUUUUAUGAAAUGAUAAUGAUAUUCAAACUACUUAAUGAUAAAUCAAAAGGAUUCCAUGCAAGAAUUACAUCAUUUUGUUUGAAUAUUAUGCAAUUAUUACAUUACAGUAUGAAUGAUUCAGAUUAUUAUAAUGCUAUGAAUUAUAUUCAUUCAGAAAUAGAUCAUGGUGAUUUAUCACAAGUCAACUUUAUCCCAGAUCAUCAUUCAACUAUUAGUAACUAUGGUAAUCUAUCCGAUGACAUAUAUAAUGGUGAUUUAUCACAAAUGAACUUUAUCCCAGAUCAUUAUUCAACCAUUAGUAACCAUGGUAACCAAUCUGAUGAUCCAAUUCAUUUGAAUGAUUCUAGUAUUACAACACAUGGAAUCAUUUUAAUACCAAAUUAUAUUUAUUCUUUAUUAUAUUAUAAAAAUGAUUAUAUAAUUCAAUUGAAAGGUAUCAAAGCAUUACAAUUAUUUACAUGGAAAAUGUUUUGUCAUAGGAAUUCAUUACAGCAUUAUUCAAAUCUUAUAUGUUAUAUUAAGAAUAUAAGAAUAUUUUUAACAAAUAUAUUCAAUAUUAUGUAUCAUCAAUCAAUCAAUAUAAUAGUACAUCUUAUUGAUAUUGUAUUGAUGCUAUUACAUCAUUUACCCAAUUAUGUAAUCCAGUCAAUUAUCAAAGAAAUAUUCCAAUUAUUUAAACCUAUUUUAAUAAAUAAUUUAAAGACAAUGUAUCAUGUAAUUCAUCGAAUCUUAUUACAAUUAUUAACAUAUUUUAAAGCUGAUAUUAUAUUAGAUGAAUUAUGGUUAUAUUAUAAGAAUAAUCAUAAUACAAAUUUCCGUAUACGUACCAAUACAUUAUAUUGUAUGACAUUUCUAUUAUGUAAUAAAAUGGAACAAAAUAUUGAUCUAAUGAAAAUGAUUAAACGAAUUGUACAAUGUUUCAAAGAUAAAAGUGGUGUGGUUCAAUCAGCAGCAGCUAAAUGUUGUGCAACUCUUAUUAAUAUAAAUAAUAAUAAAUCAAUAUUAUCGAUUAUCGAAAAUUUAUUACUUAAUGAAAUGUCUAUUAUGGAAGUAAAUUUUUUAUUAGAAAAAAUAAAAAAAUUUAUCAAAUUAAAAAAUUAUAAUGAUGAUGAUGAUGAUUUAGUUGCUAUGGUGAAUUAUGAAAAUGAUUUCAAACAAAAUUAUAAUAGAGGAAUUCAUCAUUUGGAUUAUAGAAGUGAUACUAUUGAUAAAUCCAUUCGUCGAAAUACUUCAGAAAGACUUAAUAUGCCAAGCAAUCAUUUAGAUUUAAAUAAAAUGAAUCAUUUAAUAAAUGGAUCAUACUUUCAAAUGUCUGAACAUCGUAAACGUUUGAAAUCAAGUAAAUCAUAUAAUCAAAAGUCAACUCGAAGAUAUAUUGAUAAAAUGACACUUCAUGAUUAUUCUGUACAGACUCAAAGUCACAUAGAUCACAGAAAACAUGUCAAAGAUCAUCCAAACACAAAAGAGAUUUAUGAUGAACCAAUAACUAAUAAUGUAAUGUCAGACCUUCAAAAUACACUAACCGGAGAAGAAAUAAAUUGUCCAGUUGAUUGGUACAAUCAGAGCACUGAAUAUCAGAUAAAUCGAGGUCUUGAGAGUUUACGUAAUUCUGUAUCUAGACGACGUAAACAAUGGUUAUUUAAUCAAAUGGCUAAAAUGAACACUAAAAAAUUGUCAGAGAGUAAUCAUGACAAUUUAUUUCAAAUGAAACCAUUGAAUAUAGAAAAUCAAGAUUUUCCAUUAUGCUUAAAUUCCGAUGGAUGGACUAGUCAAGAUAAUGGUGAUUAUCUAAUAACAUCCAAUAAUGAAAAACAUUUAUUACCAACAUAUGAAUAUUGUGAGAAUUUAUCAAAUCAAUGGAGAACUAAUACUCCAUGUUCAUUAAAUCGACAUUCGUAUAAACAAUCAAAAUGUAGUGUAAAUAAUAAAAUGUACAGAAGUAUGAAUGAUAUUCAUUUACAUGUCAAUAAAGAACAGUCUAAAAUGGAGUACAAUGCUAGUAAAAGUCAAGAGAAGCAAAGUAAUCCAUCACCGCAAAAAUCCAAAUACUCAUCAUCAUCAUAUAAAGAAGGAAUUCAAAAUGAUUCACAUGUUAUAAAGAAAACUAUUGAUCAUUCUAAAAGGAACAAUAAGCCAAUAAGAAUAGAAGAACAAAUUCUUGAAUAUAUCACAUCUAAUAAUUGGGAAAAACAAAUUAAAGCUAUAGAUAUAAUAGAAAAUUUACUUGAAACAAUGAAUGUUAAACCAUUAGAGAUAAUAUUCAGUGAUUCAAACAAUAUAAAUAUGCUUGUUUGUGGAAUUGAACAAGCUGUUAAAUGUUUACGUUCACAGGUCUCUUUAAAAGGUUUAAAAAUCAUUGAACAAUUAUGUCUUUAUUUAAAUACUAUUCAUCAAGGUCAUUUAUUAAAUCCUCAUGGAGAAUCUUUAAUCACAACCUUAUUAAGUCGUAUUAGUGAAGAUUCUAGUACAAAAUUUUUACAAAAUCAAUCAUAUCAAUCUUUAGAAACAUUAAUAUCAUGUAUAGAUCAUGUAAUGACUAUCCAUGUAUUCUGUACAAAUUUAUGGGAGAAAUGUCUACGUAGUGAUAUAAAACGUAAUACAAUUGGUCAAUUAUUAACUUUUAUAUUAUAUAAUAAUAAAAAGAAAACUAUUCUAUUAUUUAAAAGAUUAGGAUUAUAUGGAAUGAAUCAAUUAAUGAAAGUUGUACAACAAUUAAUCAAUGAUAAAGUGUCAAGUACAAGGUUAUAUGGACGUAAAAUUCUUGAACAAAUCAACUUGUUUACAGAUAUCAAUAAAGUAGUAUAUAAACAAAAUACGAUGAAUGAUCAUUCGUUAGAAUUGAAAUACAUCAAGUCAAAAAACUUAACAUUUCGAAGAUGA